GAACGAAGUUUAGGGCUCAACUUUGAACCAGAGCUGAAGUUCUUUAAAGUCUUCUUCAAUUGAACAUAGAUUUAGCUUUCUGAUCAUACUAGUUUAAUCUCUACCGUUCUCUUGCUUCUUAACUUCAAAUCCAUGGAUGAGUCCAUAGCUAAUCUUCCGACCAGCCAUUUGCUUGGCUCAGUGCCGGCUGUCAUCAGUGAAGAAAUUAAACCAGCUGCCUAUGAAGCCCCUAAUGCAAAGAUGCAAAUAUUUCCUCCUGCUAAUGGAGGAAAUUCUGGCGGGAGAUAUCAAACUCUUGGAGGUCAAAGCGAAACACUUGAACAACAACCUGCGAACAAUUGGAAUGGAUUCUUUAGCAUCUCCUCUUAUCAACAGUACUUUAAUGUAGAUACAGAUGUUGUGAUGAACAGGCUGAUGAGUUCCUUGUACCCAAUCUCUGGAGAUUUUUUCAGCAAAAUCGAUGCAAACCCAGAUCUAUAUGGACUUGUAUGGAUAUCAACUACAUUGGUAUUUUUGAUUGGUUCACUUGGAAACUGUGCCACCUACCUUAUGCACAAAAAGAGCGGUAGCACCACUUCUUGGAGUUUUGAUGUCAACUAUAUAAAUGUGGCAGCUUGUUCAAUAUACGGCUAUGCACUACUUGUGCCUUUAGCAUUCUUCUUCUUGCUUCAGUACAUGGGUUCAAACACCAACCUUGUACGCUUUUGGUGCAUGUGGGGUUAUUCGCUAUUUGUCUUCAUCUUUAGCUCGAUUCUGUUGGUGAUACCGGUUGAAUUUAUUCGAUGGGUGAUCAUUAUUGCUACGGGCAUUGCAUCAGCCUCAUUUGUUACCUUGAACUUAAAGUCGUAUAUACAGACGGAAGAUGUGACAAUCUCAUUGGUGGCUGCUUUUGUUUUGCAAAUGGGUUUUGCCUUGUUCAUCAAAUUAUGGUUUUUUGCUUGAUUUUUCUUCUAGUUGUGUGUGUAUACCUAUAGAUAAAGAGAGGUGUUUGUUCUACUAAAAAAAGAGACAUGUUUUUGUAUAUCUCAGCUGGAUGGCCAUUUUCAGAUGUUUGAGGGAGAAAAAGUAAAGAAUUGUGUAAACCUCAGAUUGUGUUGUUGAAUUUGUUCCACUGUUUUUUUUUUUUGCAAUGGAAGGUGGUAUUUAGAGUGGUUUUCCUCUAAGUAAAACACAAUUUGGCCGCAUUUC